AUGGAUCUCUAUUGGUAUUACGUCGACCCGUUAUACCCAUUCCUGGACCAGCAGAGAUUCGAGCAUUCUUACAGAGCACUCUUCGCCGGGACCACGAUCGAUGCUGACGAACGCAUUUUUGUGAGCACUCUUAACCUCGUCUUCGCGCUCUCCACGCAGUUGAUUGAGUCCAUGACGCCCGAGCAACGAGAUUCGUCUAGCCAAGCAUACUUCAAACGGGCGCAGGAUCUGCUUCAAUUCAGCCUCUGGGAUACCGGCUCCAUCGAGCUCAUCCAGUGUCUGCUCAUCAUGAGCCAAUACCUGCAGAGCACCAACAAUCCGCACCAGACAUGGAUGGUUGUAGGAUCGGUCGUGAGAAUUGCUCAAGGCCUCGGGUUGCAUUUGCCCGAAACAUCGUCGGAGCUUUCGAGCGAGUCCGAAAGGAAUCUCAUUAAACGCAUUUGGCAUGGAUGCCUCCUCAUGGACCGAAUGAUCGCUAUCACGCACGGGCGACCAGCCAUGAUUUCAGAUCAGCUCGCUUCGAGCGUGGUGCUGCCGUCGAUACCAGACCCGGGCGACACCACCAAGAACGGAAUCCAACUGGACGCUGUCUCCUCGUACAAGCUUCGGUACCAAGGCUUCUUCCAUAAGUCUCUGGAGCUCUACGAAGUGAUCCAUCAUGCAGUCCUGGCCUUCUACUCAUCGACCUCGCCGCUGAGAUCGCCCAUACACCCUGGUGCUGCAGGUCACAGCAGCCAGCGUUCCUCGGAGCGACCCGAGCUAGACCUCGGUAAGGCCUUACAGCUGGACCAGCGAUUGACUAAAUGGGAGAAGAGUCUCCCCAGCUUUUUGAAGAUUAACGAACCCGAAACAACCUUGGACGAGGUUUUCCGGAGGCAGGCGGUAAUUCUGCGCAUCAGACUUCUCCACGCUCGCAUGCUGCUCCUCAGGCCCAUGCUUGCUUGUUUUUGUCUAUCGCAGUCCCCGGAGCCCUCCCGGGUCUGCGAUGACCUGUCUUCGCGCGUCGUGCAACAGUGCGCGAUGGUAUGUGUCGAGGCCGCGCAAAGCCUCAUUUCGGUCAUCGUACAGUUCCAACGCCACGACGGCUCACUCGGCCUGCUCCCUGCCUGGUGGUACCGCGUGUUCUACAUCUACACAGCGGCAGCCGUUCUCGUCGCGGCGAGGCUUCGGCCGGCAGUCUUCUCAUCUCUGGACAUUUCCCGCUCGUGGAACCAAGCGAUGGGCCUUCUCCACGACCACGAGAGCCUCGGUCCGUCGGCGAGGAGAUGCGCCGCGGCGCUGCAGAUCCUCUCGACAAAGAUGUUUCAGGAGCAUCAACCGCAGUCGACUACUCUUCCGAACACGGAGGUCAGCUCAGCCGUGCCAGGCAUGUCCAAUGGUCAGCAAGAGACCUUUGACAUGCCAUUUUCGUACAUGACGCAGGAUACUGCCUUUAAUAUGGACGCAAUAUCCUUCGACAUGAGCGACUUUUCCUGGCUCAACAGCAUGCCGGGCAGUUUGUAG